CGCUCCCCUCCCCCCUACACUAGCCGGCAGAUCUCGCUCCCGACGGCCCGUGAAUGGUCGCCAUCCUGACCAACAGGCAUAUCGCGAGCGCCGCCUCCCGUCAGUAGCAUCUGUCGAACGGCCCCUGCAUACCUAGAUACACACGCGCACACGCGCGCCUGCCUACUCAUUCACAUAGAUUUACAAACGCAGCACCAGCUCCCCUUGGCUUCCUUUGUGAAGCGCCCCCAAAGAGAGCGACAGACAGAGCGAGAGCAAGCAAAAGAGAGAGAGAGAGAGAGCGCGAACAAACGAGAAACACCACACUCGUUUCCCUCCUCUCUAGACGUCCCCUCGACUUGACUUGAAAUAUGCCCCAAGCAACGUCACAGCCCGGCUACCCCGGGCCGGCUGGCUUCCCGCCGCAGCAUCCGCAGCAUGCUCACAGUCCGCCAGUGCCGGCCUCGUCCAGCAUGCCUGGCACAUUUCAGCCCCCCGCCGGCCCUGGCGCCUUGCAAUAUCACGCAUCGGACAUGAUGCCUGAGGUCCACCAUGGAGGUGACAUGGACUACUUGACCACUGGCGGUGCCUCCUAUCACCAGGGCAGCCGGUCAGGCAUGCACCACCACCACCACCACCAUCCGCAGCAGCAGCAGCAGCAGCCCCCGCUCCAUUACCAGCCGUCGCAGCAGCAGCAGCAGCAACAGCCGUCGCAACACCACUACUCGCAAUUCCAUCAGCAAUACCCCUCGCACCAUCACCAUCCGUUCCGCCCGGCGGACAUGCAUCACUCCAGCGGUCCGGGAGGGCCUGGCGGCCAUGAAAUGGGCUCUGCUGCCGAGCAGGGAGUUGCCUAUUACUUCCAAGACACCGCGGGCGGUCCCGGCCCUUCCUCACAAUUGAUGUCCGCCGGUGGAUUGGCUCAGGAGGGUUCUUCCCCGGCAACCGGGCCCCUCCCGCCUGCUGGGCAACUGGACGCCAGCGGCUUCCACAUCCCCGACACGCUGGUCCGGGAGCGUGCUUUCUCCACCUCGGCCCUGUCAUCCAUCAAUGUCCCCAGCAACACUGGCCAAGCGUCGGGGCUCGGCCAACAGCCACCAUCCUUCUUCUCGACCCCUCUGCACUCUACCGAUGUGGUUACCCCCCCGCCUGGCCAUUCUCAGCUGCCGGUCGGCGGGGCCGGCGCCUCGCCGCUCAUGCACAAGCCCGGUGCUGGCGGGGCCGCAACAACCUUCCGCACCCCACCCACCUAUGCCUCACUGCACAUGGGCCGUGGCACUGGGCCGGGCACCGGGCCCCAGCCCCACCCCCGCCGGUCACAGAGCCCCUUUGCUUCGGGUCUCGGGUCGAAUGCCCUGCGCAAUCAGCGUAAGGCCCAAUCCGAGAACAAUCUCUCUGCCAUUGGGCUUGAGGAUGCCCGGCAGCAGGCGAUGCAGCAGCAGCAGCAGCAACGUGUGGGCCAAACUUCAGGUGCCUUCCCCUCGUACACCAAUACCGGCCCCUCCUUCAGUGGCAUGGCGCCCAAGGCCCCAACCACGACGGGGCAUCAUGGGUCGCUUUUGGCCCCGCCGUCAGGACCUGUUCAAAGCAAGGCCCACUCCUCCUCGCCGGACAUUUCGCUUCUCUUCAGUCUCUUCUCCGUGCUGGACGAGUCAAAUGGCGCCAGUGGGGAUUCACAUACCGGGCUUGAGGGCGGCCCAGUCGCCAUCAGCGGCAUUCUCCCCCAUCCCGGCGGGGUGCUGCCCUCUUCCAAGCCCUUGCCCUCCUCGGCGGCAUCUGGCCCGGGCCAAAGCCAGUCUCUGGACCAGCUUGAUGCUUUUGGCGGCGGCCCUGGGGCUGGCGGCAGCGGGUACUUCGCUACUCGACAGUCGCAAAGCCACUUGGCGCGGCAUUCGCCGGCCGAGGGAAGCCCAUUGCAGGCCCCCCCGGGCGGUGGCUCUUAUGGCGGCCCCAUUGGAGCCUUUGGCCAAUCUUCUUCCCCCUCACCGGCUCCGGGAGCCGGGCAUAUGACCUCCUCGGCGUCGUCCUUGUCGAACUCCUCCUCCUCUUCGACCACCUCCCUGGCUUUCGCCGGAUCUGGCGCUGGCCCGGGAUAUGAUGGCUUCCCGGGCGGGGGAUCGGCUCCGACAGUGACCUCCUUCGACUCGAUGGCUGGCGGCCAUCACCCAUACCACCAGUCGCAGGUCCCGACAAUGCCAUCGUCGCAUCCCCCCUUCGAAGGGGAGUAUGGCGACUUGGAGGGUGGCCACCCGGGCUCGGGCCCCGGGGCGGUCUUCACCCGUCAGCUGAAUGACCCCAAGCGGACCUUCCCCGGAGCUCCUGGCAACCAAACAACGGUCCCAACCGAUCCGAGCAGUGCCUUCCCCACUUCUUCUCGGCCGAAUCUUCACCGGCGUUACUCCACUUCAUACCUACCUUCUUCUUCGGGUGGGGGUGCCCCUUUGGGCCCCAUGAACCCCGAGGGGCACUUUGAUCAGGGUGGCUUCUUGGCGGGUGGCUCUUCCUCCUCCAACGGCCGGUUGCUGGAUCCGGCCUCCGCUCGCCACGCCGCCGGCCGCUCCUACUUCCCGGGGGCCGAUUUCCAAACCCAACCGCGCGCCGGGAGCAAUGGCUUCCUCCAGACGGGAUCCUUCUCGGAACUGAGUCACUCCGAUCCGAUUGAUUCGCAGUAUGCGGCGCAGCAGCAUUCAGGGCAGCAUUAUUCCUCGACCGGUGGCGUCGGCUAUGCCGGCUUUCCCGACCAGCCCUCGGUCGAGGGUGACUCCAGUGUCCCAGGCUACCAUGCGUCGGUCCCCUUUGACUUGGCUGGCGCUGCUCCUCCUGGGGCAGGCCCGCGCCACGUCCCGGCCGGGCAAUCGCACUCGGCCAGCCACUCGCCACGGCACUUCCCCUCGAGCGGAGGCAUGCACCCCUCUCAGCAGCCGCAUCCGCAUCAUUUCCACGCGCAGCCGCAGUCACAGCCGCAGCAGCAAGCGCCUCAUCACCACCAAAUGCAGCAGCCAAUGUUGCUGCAUCCGCAGCAGCAGCAGCAGCAGCAGCAGCAGCAGCCCUUGCAUCAUGCGCAGUUCCUUUCACAUUCCCCGGCCUUUGAAGCAUCAUCUCUCCUGAUGGAUGGCCUGACGUCAGCCACUGUCCCUGGACAGCAUGAGCUCCUUCCUGCUGGUGAGGGUGGCCCGGAUGGCGGCCCAGACGGUGGCUCCUCCUUCCGCUCCCGUUCGGGCUCCGUGAGCCAGCCCAUGCCGCCAAAUGAUUCAUCUGCGAUGGGCGACUCGACAACCGGCCCUUCGUCAGCCUCGCUCCCCCCUUCGGAUAAAAGCUCCCCCGGAACCGGACCAGUCGCCUCUCCAAGUGGCGGUCUAUCUUCCAAGCGCAAGGCUCCUGCCAAGUCAGCUGCUCGGUCCUCGGGUUCCUCGCCGAUGUCCGAGCCGGCUUCCCCUCCCGCCAAGGGGUCUCCUCAAAGCACCCCCAUCACCAAGGGCAAUGGCACUACCGAGCAGAGAGCGGCCCCAGCAGCGACCUCCAAGCGCAAGGCAACCGCUCCAAGUGCUGGUACUCCUUCAAAGGCUGAUGAGAUGGCCGAUUCGUCGGCGGACCUCCUCCUGUCUCCCACGCGGCCCUCCUCCUCCUCCAGCCAAUCGGAUGACAUGUUGCUUGAUGAGGCUGGGACCGGAAGCGGGACCGAAGCCAGUGCCGAGGAAAAGGCACCGGCCUCAGAUACGGCAACCACCGCUGCCGCCGCCGCCGCCGCCGCCGCCUCCUCCAAAUCCGCCCCAGGGACCGCCGGAUCCAAGAAGCCCAACCGCUCGGCUGCGUGGCCCCAGUUGUCCAUCAAUCUCCCGGCCAGCUCCAAGUCGCUGGGGAACUUCAUGCUCCUGCAGCCGAGCGGCGGCCUGGCUCCCGGUGGUGGCCUAGCCAACGGGACAUCUCCUUCAUUGGCCUCAGGCAUCGGCACCCCCUCCUUCCUGAGCCAAACUCCGAGCGACUUUUCCCUCAUGGCGGAUUUGCUGCCACCCAUGUCGCCGAUGGGCGGUCCCGGUGCGCGGUCGACCCUGCUCAUUCCCAACAGUGCCAACCUCGGUGGCGGGGGGUCGUCCGGCAUCCUGCACCAUCAGCACCUGCACCACCUGCACCUCCCGGGAACCGGCGGUGUCGGCGGGGGUGGGCAUUCCGGCCUGUCUACUCCAUCCCUGCUGGCUGGCAGUGGCAUGGGUAGCGGUACCGGCAACUUGAAUUCCGACACGGCCGCCGCUUUGCCUGCUUCGCCGAUGGACGCGCAGUUCUUCCUGAACUACUCACAACCCGGCGGUGGACUGUCCAGCCCCGGGAUCGUCGGGUCGCCGAUGUCCGGCUUCGGUGGCGUCGCUAUGGCCCUAAGUGUGGGUGCCAACAGUCCUGGCUUGAUGCUUUCAAGUGGCACAGGCGCCAAUGGGGUCCAUCCACCAGGAACGCCCUCGCAUUUGGGGAUGUUUGCCUUCUCGACUGGCACUGGCACGGGUGCCGCCCAUCUAUCUUCCCUGAGCCCGGGCUUUCAUCAUCACGCGGUCGUCGGGACCGGCCUUGAUAGUGUCGACAUGAUGGAGACUCCCGGGGACUUUGCCGAGCCGGCGGCCACCUCCUAG